AUGGAGGCUGCAAACCGUACAACAGUGACAGAGUUCAUUAUUUUGGGAUUAACGGAUAAUGUGACACUACGUGCCAUCUUCUUUGUGAUUUUUCUAGGAGUUUACGUAGUUACCAUAGUGGGAAACAUCAGCAUAAUCAUCCUAAUCCGAAGUAGCCCACAGCUUCACACACCUAUGUACCUUUUCCUUAGCCAUUUGGCCUUUGUGGACAUUGGGUAUUCCACAUCAGUUACACCAAUCAUGCUGAUGAGUUUCUUAAAAGAGAGAACUGCCAUCCCAAUCACUGGUUGUAUAGUCCAGCUUGCCUCUGAUGUUGCCUUUGGGACUACAGAGUGCUUCUUGCUGGCCACCAUGGCCUAUGAUCGCUAUGUGGCCAUUUGUUCUCCUCUGCUCUACUCCACCCAGAUGUCCCCAGUGGUCUGCUUCCUCCUGUUGGGGGCCUCCUACUUGGGUGGUUGCAUGAAUGCUUCAUCAUUUACCGGCUGUUUGAUGAAUCUCUCCUUCUGUGGACCAAAUAAAAUCAAUCAUUUUUUCUUCAAUCAUUUUUUCUGUGAUUUUGCUCCUUUGGUUGAACUCUCCUGUUCUGACACCAGUAUCCCUGCAGUUGUCACCUCAUUUACAGCUGGCUCCAUUAUCGUGGUCACAGCAGUUGUUAUAGCUGUAUCCUACAUCUACAUCCUCAUCACCAUCCUCAGGAUGCACUCCACCGAGGGGCGCCACAAAGCCUUCUCCACCUGCACAUCCCACCUCACAGCAGUCACUCUGUUCUAUGGGACCAUCACAUUCAUUUACGUGAUGCCCAAGUCCAGCUACUCAACUGACCAAAACAAGGUUGUGUCUGUAUUCUACAUGGUGGUGAUCCCCAUGUUGAAUCCCCUCAUCUACAGUCUCAGGAACAAUGAGAUUAAGGGGGCUCUGAAGAGAGAGCUUGCCAGAAAAAUAUUUUCUUAG